CUCUACGAUCACUUGGAUUUUAACAAGGGUGGGUCUUGUCGGCUUCGUGGGAGGGGUCCCCCUGCACACUCAAUUCCGAAACUCUAUUCACCUCGCUAAGCGCACAAGUGUUCAGUGAAUUCCUUUAAAAAAGUCCAAGUAGGAGCAUCGUCAGAGUGAAAGGAAAUUUAUUAAAACACGAGGGAUUCGAGUCCUGCCGACACGCUACUGGAAUUAAAAAAAAAACCAAACGAUCGGCAAAAAUUGGGCUAGUGUUCAGUGCACGAGGAAUUCAAUGACUGUUUCAUCAGUUUUGACAGUCAAAAGUUGAUAAGUUUGUGAAUGAAUUGGCGAAUUGACGCGGGGACAUUGUCCUGAUAUUUUCAGUCUUUUAUUUUAUUUUUUCCCCCCUUCGGUUUCGGCUCCCCAUAUAAAACGAGUCGAUCCCCCCAUGUUCUAGUGUCUCGCUUGAUGGCUGCUGCUGUCGUACCGAGGGGUGGGGGAAUACAAGCCUUGUCCACCUAAUAUUCACUCACAGAAAAUUAUAUGCAGGAAUAUGUCGAGCUUAAAAAUUGGGAGAAUGCCUGCUGCACUGCCGACGACACAAGCAGAUUUGAGAUUCAUACGAGUAGUACGUGAGUAGCUGUUUUGUCGCUCUCUCGGCCCAGUCUCGGACAUAAAUAUCUUAAUAUUUGCACAUGGCAGCCAUGAAGCAUGGCAAGACGAACCAAGACGACGUAUGCUACGUUGUCGCCAAGUACGACUACAAUGCCCAGGGUGCCCAGGAGCUCGAUCUACGUAAGAACGAGCGUUACCUGCUGCUUGAUGAUUCAAAGCACUGGUGGAGAGUCCAAAGUGCACGUGGACAAGCCGGCUAUGUGCCGAGUAAUUACGUUAAAAAGGAAAAACCGUCCCUGUUUGACAGUAUAAAGAAGAAGGUUAAAAAGGGCUCGGGUUCAAAGACACUGCCGUCCGGUAAUUCACCGUCACGGGCUGUUGAAUCACCAAUAAUGGCACGUAGAUUGCCAGCUGAUCCUAGUGAAGCCAUUGGCACAGCUGUUGUCAAGUAUAAUUAUCAAGCACAACAGGCUGAUGAAUUAUCAUUGGUAAAGGGUACACGUAUUCUAAUUCUUGAGAAGAGUAACGAUGGCUGGUGGAGGGGACAGAGUGGAACACAGGCUGGUUGGUUUCCAUCAAAUUAUACGCAAGAGGAGGGAGAUGCUGAUGAUACACUUCACACUUAUGCAAUGGCUGAGAAUGUGCUUGAUAUCGUUGUUGCACUUUACUCAUUCUCAUCGAAUAACGAUCAGGAAUUGUCAUUUGAGAAGGGUGACAGACUGGAGAUACUCGAUCGUCCACCAGCUGAUCCAGAGUGGUACAAAGCCAGAAAUGGACAGGGACAGAUUGGUCUUGUGCCUAGAAAUUAUUUACAGGAGUUGAGUGAAUAUUUAACACAACCUUAUCGUGAUCGAGGAAUGACAAGUAGUGAAAUUAGCACUGGGGAUUCGUUGGAACGAAGGCCAGAUCCUGGUGACAGGCCUCAUCUUGUGGGAAAACCGUGGUAUUAUGGCAGCAUUACGAGAUCACAGUGCGAUAAUCUACUCAAUCAGCAUGGACAUGACGGAGAUUUUCUUAUAAGAGACAGUGAGACCAAUAUGGGCGAUUACUCGGUCUCUCUAAAAGCACCUGGUCGCAAUAAACACUUCAGGGUGCACGUGGAAGGUGCUCUAUAUUGUAUCGGUCAAAGAAAAUUCCACACACUCGAUCAACUCGUUGAUCAUUAUCAACGAGCACCUAUUUAUACCAACAAGCAGGGAGAAAAAUUGUACUUGGUGCGUCCCCUGCCGAAAGGUAAUUCCAAUAGCAAUGGUUGCUAAGAUGACUCGGACGGAUGAAUCAUCUCAGGAUGAUUAAGAGAAUAAAAACCCGGGCAGCCUAGUAAUUAUUCAAUAUCAAUCUCGUACAUUUAUACUUACAACGUUUUUCCAUUUGCGAAUUAUUGGCAAGCUAAUGAUUCAUUUCUCCUUCCACCAAAUGAACAAUAAUUUAUUAUAAUUUUGAAUAUCUCCAGACCCUCAUCAACUGCAUGAAAUACUUUUAGUUGGAAAAAAACAAUUGAUAUUCCAAUUAUUUAAAAUUUAAAUAACGUAUUCGUUAUUUAUAUAUAUGCAAUAAUUCUCAGAGUGAAAAACGCUAAUAACAAUUAACACAAUUGGAGUAAAAGGAAAACGAAACCUCAUAUAUUAGUGUUUUUGAUUAAUUUUGUCAAUUUAACUGCUAAUUAAUUUAUUACACUAAGUAAUACGCAAUGAUCUGUUGGAGCUUCCAACCAAAUUUUUAGAUAAAAUUAAUAACAGAAAAGCUAAAAAAAAGUUUUAUAUAUGAUGAAAAUGAACUAAGAACGAAACAGUGGAGCUGUGGCAGCUGAUAGCCCUUUCCCAUGAUAGUUGGCACGUGGCUUCUUCUAUCACUCUUUUUUAUAUCAAAUGUAAUUGUACUACAGUGACACGACUGAUCAUGUUAUUACCAUAAUAUAUUGGAGAAAACAAACAGAACAACAAUUACACGUAAUCUAGCCUGCAAGUGUAUCAAUUAAUUCAUUAAUACAACAAAACCGUGUAUUUAUAUGCGGAUCGAGUGGGAUCGAUCGACAAUUGGGUUUUCGAAUAGUAAAAAUGAUUAUUAAAAUGAACAGCAAAGACUAAAUGUCCAUUUGUGAUUUUGUAUUUAUUAGAUACAAUUUUUUAAGUGAAUAAAUCAUAUUUAAGUGUGA